AUGGCUUUUGCUGCCCUGGCUGCUCUGGUCAUCGGCCUGGCCGUGGGCCUCACCAGGUCUGCCACCGGGCCCGUCACUGCCGUCCCCGGCGCUGCCAUCGCAACGAACCGCGGCCAGGCUGCAGUCAUCGGGUCAUGGUCGCUGCAGUCGACUGCGCAGGCCGGCAACGACAUGGCCAAGCUGUCGCACGCCGGCGCGGACGUGUCGACCUGGCAUCGCAUCGCCAUCUCCAAGUGCACGCUAAUGGCCUGUCUGAUGCACAAGGGCAUGUUUGACGACAAGGUCUUUUACUCGGAGAACCUCAAAAAGGUCGACGCCUCGCAGUUCCGCGUCCCGUGGGUCUACCGACACGAAUUUACACUCAACUCGGCGCCCAGCACGCACUACUUCCUCGAGACAAACGGCAUCAGCUCGCGCGCCGACGUGUGGCUCAACGGGCAGCAGCUGGCCAGCAAGGACCAGCACGCCGGCUCGUACGUGGGCAUGCGCCUCGACAUUUCAAAGUACGCCGCCGCCCACAACGUGCUCGCCAUCCGCGUCUACCCGACCAACUACAACUACGACUUUGCCCUCGGCUUCGUAGACUGGAACCCCUACCCCGCAGACAACGGCACCGGCGUGUGGCGCGACGUGACGCUGAGGCAGACGGGCCCAGUUGCCGUGUCCGACUUUCGCGCCGCCACGAGCAUGGCAGAUCUGUCGAGCGCCAACGUGACGCUCAAGGCCACGGUGGUAAACCUAGAAAACCGGCCCGUUACCAUCAACGUCCGAGGCCGCAUUUCCGGAAACAGCGAGUACGCAGCCGGCGAGCAGAAUAGCCAGCAAACGCUCGAGCUUGCGCCCCUGCGGUCUCGCGAGAUUGCCCUCACCAUCGCCGUCGACAGGCCGCAGAUCUGGUGGCCCAAGCUUUGGGGCGCCCAGCCGCUGUACUCGGGCCGGCUCGACGUGGUGGUCAACGGGACGCUCUCGGAUGCGGCGGAGCGCCAGUUUGGCAUCCGCACCGUCACGUCGCAGGUCAACUCGCACAACGACACCAUCUUCUCGGUCAACGGCCAGCCGUUCCAGGUCGUCGGCGGCGGCUACAGCGCCGACAUGUUCCUCCGCUGGGACCCGGCCCGGUUCGAGGCCCAGGCCCGCUACAUGCUGGACCUCGGCCACAACACGGUGCGCCUCGAGGGCAAGCAGGAGCACCCCGAGCUGUACGACAUGGCCGACCGCCUGGGCCUGAUGGUCAUAGCCGGCUGGGAGUGCUGCGACAAGUGGGAGGCGUGGAGCUACAACAAUGACCUGGCCAUCCAGCCCCCGCCCGUCUACAGCGACGCCGACUACGCCAUCGCCGCCGCCAGCAUGCGCCACGAGGCCCUGAUGAUGCAGAGCCACCCCAGCAUGCUGGCCUUUCUCGUCGGCAGCGACUACUGGCCCGACGACCGCGCCACCCAGCUCUACGUCGACGCCCUGCGCGCCGCCGACUGGAACCUGCCCGUCGUCGCCUCGGCGUCCAAGCGCGGAUACCCGCAGCUGCUGGGACCGUCGGGCAUGAAGAUGGACGGGCCUUAUGACUGGGUGCCUCCAAACUACUGGUACGACACGGAGGGUGCCGAGGACCGCAAGGGUGCUGCCUUUGGCUUCGGGUCCGAGCUGGGCGCCGGCGUCGGCACUCCAGAGCUGGGCAGCCUGCGCAAGUUUCUGUCGUCUUCGGACAUGGACGAUCUCUGGCGCGCCCCCAACAAGGGUCUGUACCACAUGUCCAACGAGGGCUCGCAGUUUUUUACGCGGCAGAUCUACAACGAGGCGCUUUUUGAGCGAUUCGGGCCUCCCAAUACCAGCGCUGGGUCUCCGCUAGACGACUACCUGCUCAAGGCGCAAAUGAUGGACUACGAGGCGACCCGGGCGCAGUUCGAGGGCUUUGCCGCCCGCUGGAACGCCGCCCGGCCUGCUACGGGUCUGAUAUACUGGAUGCUGAACAACGCGUGGCCCAGCCUGCACUGGAACCUGUUUGACUACUACCUGCGCCCGGCAGGCUCGUAUUUCGGCGCCAAGAUGGGCGCACGCACCGAGCACGUGGCCUACGACUACGUGCAGCGCGCCGUCUACAUGAUCAACCGGUCGCUGGACCGCCGGGGGCAGCGCACUAUCGAGGCGCAGUUCAUGUCGCUCGACGGCAGGGUCCUCUCGACGCAGCGGGCCACGGGCGAGACGGAGCCCAAUACCAGCAAGCGCAUUCCCACGGCCAUGUCUGCUGUGCCGUCGGACGGUGUGAUCCUGCUGCGCCUGGUGCUGUCGGACGGCAACGCCACGCUCAGUCGCAACGUGUACUGGCUGUCGCGCACGACCGACUCGCUGGACUGGGACAACUCGACGUGGUACCACACACCCGUCACCAACUUUGCCGACUUUACGGCGCUCAACGCGAUGCAGAGCGCGACCGUGUCGGUGACCGUCUCGGGCCGAAGAAUCACGCUCGAGAACAAGUCGACGGUUCCGGCUGUCUUUGUGCGGCUGAACCUUGUCGACGAGCGCGGCGCCGACGUGGUGCCCGUUUUCUGGUCGGACAACUACGUCACGCUGUGGCCGGGUGAGAAGAUGGACCUCGACAUGGAGGGCAAGGGGCGGGCCAUUGAGAUUAGCGGCAAGAAUGUGGCGGCGGCCACCAUACGGUUCCAGUAG